GGAAAACAAAUAGGACGUACGAACUUCAAAAAGUUCUUCUUCUCAUUAGCCGAGUCUCUCUUUCCAUCUGACGGGAUUGAUCGAGAAUCAACCACAGUGUUGUCAUGACUUUCACGUCUCCUGACAGAGAAGGAACAUAACUGUUCAAGUCAUCGGAUCAACCUUGGCAUAUGCGACUCUGCGUCUUCUGUUUAAUCUGAACAAUGAUGUGUGCAGCAAGAAACACGAUGUCUUCCUCGGGGUCAUCUCCUUCUGGGUCUGAUCUUCAAGCAUUCGUGAUGGAGUUCAUCAUUACCGGCUUCCUCAUGUUAGUCGUCUGUGCCGUCACAACCACCAAGAGAACUACAGAGGAACUAGAGGGGCUAAUCAUUGGGGCAACCGUCACACUGAAUGUUAUCUUUGUUGGAGAGGUAUCAGGAGCAUCGAUGAAUCCAGCAAGAAGCAUAGGACCUGCACUUGUGUGGGGAUGUUACAAAGGGAUUUGGAUAUACUUGCUGGCUCCAACACUUGGUGCCGUCUCUCGGGCCUUGAUUCAUAAAAUGUUACCGUCAAUACCAAACGCAGAGCCUAAGUUCUCCAAGACAGGAUCUUCUCAUAAACGAGUUUCCGAUCUUCCUCUGUGA